UGUCACCACAAUGAAAUGGAAAAUAAUACUAAUAAUAAUAAAGGAAUAAGAAAAGGAGCUUGGACUAAAGAGGAAGAUCUUCUUCUCAGAGACUGCAUUCGUAAAUACGGAGAAGGGAAAUGGCAUCUCGUCCCUCUCCGAGCUGGGUUGAACAGAUGUAGAAAGAGUUGCAGGCUGAGAUGGCUCAAUUAUCUCAGACCAGAUCUUAACAGAGGCUUUUUUACGAAUGAUGAAGUUGAUCUCAUCGUCAGGCUUCAUAAAUUGUUAGGGAACAGAUGGUCGUUGAUCGCCGGCAGACUUCCCGGACGGACUGCCAACGACGUCAAGAACUUCUGGAACAGCCACAUUUCAAAGCGACCGCCGCCUCCGCCCAAAGAAAAAGCCAUCACCGAGAGCAACAUCGUAAGGCCUCGAGCUCGGACCUUCUCCAACUCACACCCACCGGCUUGGUCCACCAAACUAAUCGCUUCCGAGAAAAUUCCAACGAACAACGAUCCAACGAGGCCGUCUUCAUCGGCUCAGCAGGACGAUCUGGACGAGUGCAUGCGAUGGUGGGGAGACUUGCUCGAGAUGUCGGAAAAUGGGGAAAAAAAUCCGUUUAUGUUCUCCGAUAAUGACGUGGUGCGUUUACCCGAGCCGGGGAUCGGCGAUCUAGGCGGCGCCGAUGAAGACGGGUUGACCUUUGAUGAUAAUAUUUUGUUUGGAGGUUGAGCAUUAAUUGAGUGAUAGACCCAUUAAUGAUUGAUAUACAUAUGUCCUUUGGCUUGUUGAGUGUAUGUUGUAUCUUGUGUAUGUCUAGUAAAUAUAAUAAAAGGUUUAUUGUAUAUUAAAAUAUCA